GGAGCAAAGCCACCGGCAGAAAAAAAAUGCGUUUUGGCUUGCCUGCGCAAAAUUACGAGGAAGAACAGGCCCUAUGCCCAAGGGGAGGGUGAAUGCCGCCCGGUGGGGGAAGGUUUAGACACUGGCCCGUUGGCCUCAGGAGGGAAGGGAAACCUGAAAAAUAAUUGGCGGCGGGAAGCCAUGGAGAAGACCGCUGGCCCCCUAAGAAAGUGCCAGAGCAAAGGAAAACUGGAAAGGCUGGGAAACAAAGAGAAAAAAGGCGUGAAUGCUAGGAAGGGCAGAUUGGAUGGAAAAUGGGGAAGGGGAAUCCCGUGUGGGGGAAUUUUUAUGAAGGGCAAAUACGGGGGUACCACAAGCGAGAAAGCCAACAAUUUGUUUAAAAGUUGUUUCCAAUGAAUAUCCAAGUAAAAAGGAGCAUGGAAUGUAACAAGAAUCCGCAAACCCCCGGAGUUGCAAAAAAUGUCCCCACUGAAACAAACAUGUUACCCCCUUAGUAAUGAAAGCCCCAUGGGAGAGGCAAAUCCUUUUAUUUUGGCCCAUGAUAAAAAUCAAAGUUAAGUUUUAAUAAAUAACAUCACAGAUCUACAUGGCAUCUACAAAAGCAGAAAAAGAGUCCCUCUAUCCCGGGAUUGAGGCGGAAGUAGAAGCGAUAACGGGAGACAUGUCAGAAUUUGUUAUAAAUCUCACUACAAUACUUUACAACCUGUACCCUAUGUUCAACUGCGAGGAAGGAGUGAGACUACUGCAGAUCAAGCUCUCUGAUACUUUCUACAACCCCUUCCUAGCUCCCCUCCUGGAAACGUUCAGCUUCUUAAAGGAGGAUGAAAUCAUUGUGUUUAAAAAGUAUAUCACUAAACACGGUCAGGAUGAUAUUAGGACCUUCCCCGACAUCAAACAGAGGUAUUAUCUAGGAGAUGCACCAUACCAAGCAGCAAUAGACUCUCUGCUCUCUAUACCUGAGACUUAUUCCCCUGUCACCAAGUUCAAACUCCUCACUUCUUUCCUGGAAACUAUUUGUUCCUGUGUCAAACUCUUCUACCUUCAAUCAGGAAAAAGUGAAGAGGAAGCUAACGAGAUCGGCUGUUUGGGAGCAGAUGACAUGAUGCCUAUCUCCAUCUACAUCAUCACCCGGGCUGCUACACCGGAGCUGAUAUCAGAACUACAGUUUCUCUACGACGCUACACACGAAGAUGAUCUGAACGGUCAGGAAGGAUACUGCCUGGCUACCGUACAAAGUUCCUUCGCGAACAUCAUCAGUAGAGAAAGAGAAUGUCAAACAUCCAACAGUGGUCAAUGAGAUGUGGUCAACUCACUCAACAGUGGUCAUUGGUCAACGGUUGUCAAUGUAAUGUCGCCAGAUAGGAUUAGUAACCAUUGCUUUGAAUAAUGGUGCGACAGCUGGGCUUGCGACACUUCCUUGUCUUUUCUAUGUUGUUUUUAGUUUCUUUCAAUAAUAUAAUAAUGUAGUGGUAAUUUUGCAACUUUUUUGUGACUUUUUGUUACGUAUUUGGACAGGAACGAUUUACUGUGCUAUUAAGCAGCCAUUGUGUGACUAAUUAUCGCAAUAAUUACACAGGUGUUUGGAAGUGAUUUAUCUGCUAAUUAAAUGUUUUAUUUGUGACCGCGCUGAGCGUGGUGGUUGAAUUUUGAAGAGUAGUUAUUCCCAUUUAAGAGAAAUGUGCUGACUGAGAUAUAACUUAUGACAUGAAAUAAGGAGGACACGAAUUUAAGAAACUCAAAGCUUACUUAAUUUCAAUUUUUCCUUAUCUUGAUUUCUCAGUGUUCAAUGUAAAGGUUUUAAUAUGUUUUUUUUUUCUCAAUUUCGUGGAAAGAGUAUUUUCUAGAUUCUAUAUUUAGAAUAUUUCACCCUUCAAUUAUUCAGAAGUUAGAUAAGUCUGAUUGAGCUAGACUUUACAGGGUCUACUUACGAGUUCGUUUAGAAGGAUUUUUGUGCGCCCUGAAAAAUGUUUGAUAAAGUUAACUUUUGGUGAUGUUUCAAACUCUCCCCUUUUUUCCCCGUUAAUUCAGAGUUUUUGUGUUCUUUGUUGUUUAAUUUGAUCCGUAUUAUGAGCAAAUAGUAUUACCUAAA